UCCGCGUUCAAGAUGCGGUACAAGCAUUUUGAGUGGGUGGUCAUGCCUUUUGGCCUCACCAACGCCCCGACGACCUUUCAAGCGACAAUGACCAAUGAGUUCCGUGCAAUGUUGAACCGGUUCGUGCUGGUCUACUUAGACGAUAUUCUCGUCUAUAGCUGGUCAUUAGAGGAUCAUCUUGGGCAUCUUCGACGAGUGCUGGAGACGCUCCGCCGUGCCAAGUACAAGGCCAACCACGACAAGUGCGAAUUUAUCCGGCAAGAGCUGGAAUUCUUGGACCAUUUUGUCACACCGGAGGGCAUCAGUCCGCUAUCGGACAAGAUUCAAGUCAUCCAAGAGUGGUCGGAGCCUCGGAACGUCACGGAUGUCGGCUCGUUCCUUGGUCUCGCCGGCUACUAUCAGCGUUUCAUCAAAGGCUACUCGAAGCUCGCGGCCCACUUGACCAAGCUUCAAUGCGAGGAUCGACCGUUUGACUUUGGAGAGGAGGCGCAGGAAUCAUUUUUGGCUCUCAAAGCCUCGCUAUUGUCCCCGGAGGUCUUGCAGAUAUACAACCCGCUUUUGCCUACGUGCAUGGCUUUCAUCGACCAGUUCGACUUCUUUCCCGAUCACAUUCUCGGAAAGUCGAACCGUUUUGCGGAUGCUCUUUCACGGCGUCCGGAUCUUUGUACCGCGGUAUACUCAACCUUCGAGAUCGGCGAUGACCUGCGGAACAGCUUCAUCCGCGGCUACCAAGCCGACCCCGAGUUUCGCGACAGGUACGCGAAUUGCUCCUCUCCUAAUCCGGCGCCUUCUCACUACCGGAUCCAAGAGGGGUACUUGCUUGUCCACACGCGAGGGAAGGACAUUCUUUGCGUACCGAGUGAUCCUCGCUUGCGUACACGGCUUCUUGGCGAGUUCCACGAUGCUCCCGCCACCGGACACUUUGACGUCAAUCGCACGAUUGACCGACUUCGCCAGCGAUUUUGGUGGCCCGGCCUUCUCGGCGACGUCACGUGCUAUUGCGAGUCAUGCGAGGUUUGUCGACGCUGCAAAUCCCGCAACCAUCGUCCAUACGACGAGUUACGACCAUUACCGGUCCCGUUGAGGCGAAGGGAAGCGAUUGCCAUGGACAUUACCGGCCCGUUCCCCAAGCACAAGACCGGAGUGGAUGGGAUUCUCACGGUGGUUGACCGACUCACCAAGUUCGCCAUGUUCUUGCCUUGUCACUAUCAUGCCAAGGCACCGGAGUUGGUCGAGGUUCUUUACGCAGGUUGGAUUCGAACCAAGGGUUACCCCAAGGAGAUCGUCUGCGACCGCGACACCUGGUUCAUGCCUGAUUUUUGGUUGGCGCUCAUCAAGCGAUGGGGCUCAUCUCUCAAGCCCAGUUCAGCUCGCCACCCUCAGACCGAUGGCCAAACGGAGAGGGCGCACCAGACCGCACACGUUCUCCUUCGCACUCUCAUUCGUCCAGACCAGAAGGACUGGGUUGAGCGGCUGCCGGAUGUCGAGUUGGCCUACAACUCUUCCAUCCACCUGGCUAUCGAGAUAUCGCCUUUCGAGUUCGAGCACGGCUCGCCGAUCACUUCACCGUUGGACACUAUUACUCCACGAACGGCCGAGAGCAACGACCAUCUUCUUUUCUUGCGUCGGAUGCAAGAGCUUCUCGUCAAGGCACAUUGUGAGGAAACCCGGGGAGGGGCUGCCUACCGUUCACCGAAGCCAAGGGCAAUGGCGCCUGUCACUCGCCGCGCCCGCUUCCGAGGUCCUCGGCGAUCUGCAGGGGAGUACUCACUCUUGCAAGGCAGCUCCUCACAAGCAAAUCAAGCGAUCAGGAUUCAGGAGUUCGAGGGCCUUCUCACUCUGAGUCAGUCUUUGAUUCAUUCACACCGCUGCGAGGCAUUCGAGCUGAGGACGGAGAGAUUGACUGUGCCAGUGGUUCCAGGACUCGUGCCCGUCUGCUCUGCUCAGAGGAAAAGGAACUAGCUGGAGGAAGAAGCAGCGAUCAUGAAACCGUCCGUGGUGAUUGCGGUCCUUGCGGCCGUGGCGUUCGCCUUGCUUGUUGCGUAUCCCUCCGAGGUAG